AUGAAUAAUUAUAGCCACUCUUCAAUCAGAAGUGUAGUAGGAAAAUGCACAAAAUUGAAAGCAUAUGUUGACUCAGGAGAAAAAGAGUUUGGUAAAGCUAAUGAAUUUGCUGCCAUCCUUGCAAAUAAUAAACAUGCCGCACCCGACCUCUGCAAUUGUGGAAAAUUUGGGUUUGUGGCAUCUCUGCAUCGAUCAAUAUCAUCAUUAAUUCCAAUUCCCAUUCCAAUAAGUCCUGCUAUAUUUAACAAAGGAACUAAUACUGAUAAAA